AUAAGGGCGAGCGAAGAGCAGUAAGAGCAUCAGUUAAUCUACUGUCUCAAUCACUCUAUCAACCUCUCAACAUGCAGUUCUUCGUACUCGCCGCCUUGAUCGCUGUCGCCGCAGCCACUCCCGUCUAUCCUGGCUCAACUUAUCCGACUUCAUCUUACAAUAGGCCAUCUUAUUCGCCUUCAACUUACGACGUCCAGCACUACGCCCCACAGCCGCACGCUUUCAACUGGGCCGUCAACGAUGGUUAUGGCAGCGACUACGGCCACACUGAGAGCAGCAAUGGCGAAGUAACCACCGGCUCUUACCGUGUCCUCCUUCCCGAUGGCCGUGUUCAGAUCGUCACCUACAAAGCUGAUAGCUACGGAUACACUGCUGAUGUCAAGUACGAAGGUGAAGCCAAGUACCCCACUUACUCCGCACGUACUUACUCCGCACCGACUUACUCCGCUCCAGCUUACUCUGCCCCAGCUUACUCCGCCCCGGCUUACUCCGCCCCAGUUUACACUGCCCGCGACUACUAAGCCCACCAAAUUCUAAAAUAUUUACGUCAAAGCGAUGUCAUAUUAAUUAUUGGCCCUUUAAUAAACUAUA